AACCGUUCGGCGCAAAAUUCAAACGCCACACAGGAAGAAUAACUACGGCUGUCUUUGUGCAUGCCGCACAACAAAUUCAGGAGAACUUCACUUGAAGACAUUCACGUUGGAUUUUGAACUAUUGGAGUUUCAGUGAUUGAAAAAGAUGAGUGCAGCCUCCACACCGGUUUCUCAGCUACGCCAAGGAUGGACAUCAUCCUCUUUGAAAAACAAGGGUCUCUCCCCUGCAGCCUGCAGUACCCCGUUGCUGGCAGCCUUUCCUGGUAAUGAUGAUGAGAAGGAAAGACGUCAGCGCCGAAGGUCAAGAGUCAUUGACCUUCAGGCUGGAAGUGAUUCUUCCUUCAAUGACACUGCAACCAAUAGUGCUGCAGGAACCCCCGCUGCCGUGCCCAAGCUGUCAAAUGCUCAGAUCUCAGAGCAUUACUCAACCUGCAUAAAACUCUCCACUGAAAAUAAAAUCACCACCAAAAAUGCAUUUGGCCUGCAUCUGAUUGAUUACAUGGCUGACAUUCUCAAACAGAAGGAUUCUGAGUUAACAAAUUUCAAGGUUGCAGCAGGCACUUUGGAUGCCAGUACAAAGAUCUAUGCUGUGAGAGUGGAUGCUGUUCAUGCUGAUGCCUACAGGGUGCUGGGUGGUCUGGGAGCCGAGACCAAACCUGGAGAAGAUCAUGGUCUGAAGGAGGAAGAUGGAGAUGAAGGGAUUACAGGAGCUGAAGUGACUGCCAAGCAGCCCAAGAAAAAAAGGCCUCCUAAAAGGACAGUGGAGCAGAACCUGAGCAACAUCAAUAGCGCCGAGUCUGAGAGAAAGUGUGAGGUGGACCCGAUGUUUCACAGAAUGGCUUCAUCUUUUGAUGAGAGCAGCACAGCAGGAGUCUUCUUGUCAGUUCUCUUCAGUGAGAACAGUCGCUGUGAACUGCUCUUUCCCUCUUACAUGACUCUCCUCCAGUCCAGACCCUCUUAUUCUCCUCCAUCUCCCCAGGGAGUCCCUGCAUCUCCAUUCAUGGCUGGACUUCAGCGUUCUCAAGAGAAGAGCUCGAUCUGUCCAUCUCUGCAAGACUUCUCAUUCACAAGCUGGAACCCUGAGCAGACUAUGAAUCAGCUCUUGGAGAAGAUGAAGCAGGGUGAACAUGUGUUUGACGUGAACGCUGAGCCAGAGCCCGAGCCUGAGCCUGAAGAAGACGACUGCCCUGAUUUUGAUGCGGAUUAUGACGAUGGACUUGGAGGCUGUGAGGAAAGAUCCAAAGAACACAAAGAAGGCUGUGAAGCCUCUGGUUCUGGCAAAGGAAGGGAUGUGAUUCCCAUUGGAGAGGGAGACAUUGCCACCAUGUGUCUGCAGCUGUCCUCACAACCCAGGGAGUAUUCAUACUUCAGCCCCAGGACCAUGGCCACAUGGGCUGGACCCGGCUACUGGCAGUUUAAACCAAAGCACAAGCUCGACCAUUUGCCUGACAAAGAGACGCGUAAAAGAAAGCCCAAGAAGACUUUUGAAAUAGACUUCAAUGAUGAUGUGAACUUCGAUACCUACUUCCGCACCACCAGAGCUGCCACUACAAUCACAAAGUCUGCUCUCAGUGCCAGUAAUAAGAAAACAACUCUGCCUGCUGACUUCCAGUUUCCCCCAGAGACACUUUCUCAACUCAGCUUCAAACCCUCCAGCUCGUUGAGUAAAGAGGGUGAGAAGAGAUUGUCUGGAGAGAUUGGAGAAGGCAUCGGCGACUACGACUACAACAACCCCAACGACACAGCAAACUUCUGUCCUGGUCUGGAGAAUGGCGACAGUGAUGAUGAUGUUGAAGGUUUCAUCAAUAAAGAUGAUACACAGCCUUCAGGUGACAGUUUACCUCCGCCCUCACAAGAUCUAGAGGGCAUUUCAACUUACGGGGAGGACAAUCUGGUACCUGAACCACACAGGGUCAACAAGAUUGAAAUCAACUAUGCCAAGACAGCAAAGAAAAUGGACAUGAAGAGACUCAAAAACAGCAUGUGGACUCUUCUGACUGAGAGCCCAGAAAAACCCACAGAGCAGGAGGUGGAGACGGUGGAGAAGCCAGAGGUGUGUGGGGAAAAAGUUUUCAGUCAGACCACAAAGACAUUGCUACAAAGAUUGCCAAGUACCAUGGCUCAAAACCUGUCAGUGCCCCUUGCAUUUGUUGCUCUGCUUCAUCUUGCCAAUGAAAAGAACUUGGAGCUGGUGAAGGUCGAUGACAUGUCGGACAUCAUCAUCAAACAAGGCCAUUGAAGAGAGAUGAAGAUGGGCAUAAUGGAGAGUUGCUGUUCUUUCUUCUCCCUUUGUAUUGUAAAAUACCUCAUGUUUCGGGGACCCUGUUUUAUAUUUGUAUAUUAUUGAAUUUAAUCAUUUUCUGGCAAAUACAUCAUCAAGAAAUCUUCAGAUGACACCUUUGCCUUUUCUCCAAAGGCUAACCGCCCGUCGUUGCUUUUUUUAGAUGCUUGUCUUGUGUAGAUAACUUCACUGCUCAACUGCCAUGAAACAAAUGUAUGUUGUCAUGGCAAAUAAAAUCUUUUUAUUUUUCUUGUU